AUGAGCAAGCGUUCCUUCGAGGAAUCCCGGGCCAGUCAGCCCCCCGAGAGCGAUAAUAAUGGCCUAAUGCCCAUCCACGAUCUGCUGUCGCCCAGCGACGAGCACGAUCCCACUCCGCCCUCCGGGUCGAGUAAGAAGCCCCGGAACUUCAUAGCCACAGUCGCAUGCGAGACAUGUCGUCUGAAGAAAACGCGAUGCGAUGAAUCCCGGCCCAAGUGCGGCCUGUGCAAGUCGCUGGGCCUGGAGUGUGUCUAUAAUGAACGAAAAUCGUCCAAACGGGACCAGUCUCUCACGAUGAUAAUGAGCACUCUGCAUCGGCUCGAGACCAAGCUGGAAAACAUCCCCUCAUCCAUCUUGGGCGACCUCCAGUCCUUGCGCGGCUCCAUGCGCCAGAGUAUAGACCACGGCCAUGAAGCACAGUCGUCCCCGGUCCAUCGUGACGAGGGUUACCGGAGCUUAGGGAUGCCGACCUCGGCCACCCCGGGCUUCACACCCGCUGCGCCGGAGGGAGACGAGUUCGAUUGGGAGGAGAAUCAAUCGACCCCCGAUGCAUCUGGUCGGAUCUCGAUCUCCUUCAGUCAACACGGAGUCAUCUUGUGGCCUGGAGCGCGGCAGAUCCUUCCGACGCAGUUGCUGACGGCCCAUGAACUGCUGGGCAAAAAUUAUGUCGUCGAGCUGGAAUCGACGCGCGCUGCCCUGCCGAUGUUCACCAGCCCCUUUCCCUUACACGCAAAUGACCAUUGGCUAGAAGUCUUGCCAUUGGCUAUGAUCAAAGGUCUUGCCGAUGCUUUCUUCAGUGUGUUUAACCCUUUUACUCCGAUCAUGGACAAGACUUUCUUCUUCUCGUUUACGCUGGGUUCCGCCAUCGAGAGUGGCUUUGGCUAUACGAUGGAAAGCUGCCUCGUCCUGAACGUUCUGGCGCUAGGAUGCCUGGCUGUUUUGGCUCAUCAGGAAGGGAAUUACCCGCUCCCAGGGACCCAGAGCCAUCGCUUCGAGCCUCCGGAGUGGAUGAAUGUGGUGUAUGAAGAGCAGCCGGGCCUGCGAUUCUUCAACGAGGCUCGACGGCGCAUUGGAUUUUUGAUGUGUGACAACAACAUCCAAAGCUGCCAGUUCUAUCUGCUUUCUUCGGUCUAUUAUAGCCAGAUUCUCCGUCCCAUGGAUGCCUGGGCAAUGAUUCAUCGAGCGGCAACCUGUUGUCUGUCGAUGCUAACCAACCACGACGUAAACUUCGACGAGUGGGAAGGCGAUAUGAAAUCUCGUGUAUACUGGAACUGCCUGAUGAACGAAACCAUCCUCGUCCAAGAACUACAUCUUCCCCCCAGCGGACUCUCACGCCUCGAAGAAAAAGUCCCCAUCCCCAAGUUCAUCGGCUUUGAAACCACUGGCUACGUGUCUACCAGAUACCCUUCAUCCACCGUCGUCGACGAUUCCUACUUCCAGUAUCACUUCCUCGCCCAAGUCGCGCACCGUAUCAUCCUGACUCGGAUCCGCCAUUCUCUCUACUUCUACUCCGAUUCUGGCAGCAUCCCCGUCCCUGCCGUCAACGCCGAACUGCACCACCAACUCGAGCAAUGGCGCACCAACCUGCCAACCGCCAUCCAAUUCACCGACGCGCAACUUCUCCCUUCGCACGCCACCCCGACCAGCCACUCCAUCCACCAGCCCUCGCCCAGCUCUGCGGCAUCGCCCAUCCCGUCCCCCCGCCCAAUCGACCCAGCCCACCCCGUCUCCCCCGCCGUCGCCGUAACAGACGCCAUGCUUCGUGGCCGCUACAUGAUCGCCCGCUUCCACAUCGGCCGCCCCUAUCUUUACAAAGCGCUCCGAAUCCCCGCCCUCCUCACGGACGACGACCUGGAGCAGAUCAAAAGUGGCUUGCAAAACGCCAUGGACUGGCCCAUCACGCAGGGUAUCUUCCGCAAGAUGAAGAGCUGCAUCCCGAUCAAGUUCGCUUUCUGUUCCCAAUUCUUCGGCCAGGUCCUUAUCUUCUACUGUAUCGCGCACUCGCCGAGCGCGCGCGUGCGUGAGACGCUGCCGGCGGGCUGGGAGCGCUGGAACGAGGAGAUGAUGCGGUUUCUGGAGGACUGUGCACGGCAGAGUCCGGCCGUGGCGCAGGAUCUGGACCUGCUGCGGUCGUUGUGGCCUGGGACUUGA